GUUUAUCGUGCUAUGUAAAUAUGCCAAUAAGGAUUCUUUCUCAGACACUGACGGAUUGUUCAAUGUGGUGUGCAUCCAAUUCACAUGAAAUUGCUUGUUUUGGCCCUUAACUCGUUCUGUUCUUUUUCUUGCUUGUUCGUCCAAUCUCGGAGACUAUUGUCGUCGGUUUCUGCCAACCAGUUCAAAUGGAACUCAACGACCAGUGUGAUCAUCACAAAUCCCACUCUUGUAAUCAUGGAGUCUUGUUCUACCAUGUCCCAAUUGAGGCAGAUUCAAGCACACAUGACUCGCACUGGCCUCAUUACCCACACUUUUCCGGUGAGCCGCGUCUUAGCAUUCUGCGCUCUUGCGGAUGGCGGAGACAUGCGAUAUGCCCAUGUGCUUUUCAACCAGAUUGAGAAACCCAAUACAUACAUGUGGAACACUAUGAUCAGAGGUUACUGUAAAGCGAAGGUUCCUUCUUAUGCAUUUUCAUUCUUUAGUCGAAUGGUUGGAGAACACGUUGAAAUGGAUUGCCGGAGCUUUGUUUUCGCCCUCAAGUCGUGCGAGCGGUUGGAGACAGUUGCUGAAGGAGAAUCGGUCCAUUGCAUGGUUCGCAAAAUGGGAUUUGAGGCUGAAUUGCUUGUGCGGAAUGGGUUGAUCCAUUUUUAUGCCGAUCGUGGCUGCUUGAAACUUGCACGCGAGUUGUUCGACGAAAGUUCUCUGAAGGAUGUGGUUACUUGGACCUCAAUGAUUGAUGGGUAUGCAGCCCAAAACUAUUCAGAAGAGGCUAUGAACCUUUUCAAAUUAAUGUUGUCGAGUGGUAUCGAGCCCAACGAGGUAACGUUCAUUGCUCUGCUUUCAGCAUGCUCUCAGGAGGGUUAUCUUAGCAUGGGGAAAAGCAUCCACGAAUUCUUAGAAAAGAAGAAUAAUAAUCGCAGUCUAAGUUUGGACAAUGCCUUGUUGGACAUGUAUGUGAAAUGCAAUUGUUUGACAGCGGCUACAGAGCUCUUUGACAAGAUGGAAAGUAGAGAUGUUUUCUCGUGGACUAGCAUGGUUAAUGGGUAUGCUAAAUGUGGUGACUUGGAAUCUGCAAGGAAAUUCUUUGAUCAAACUCCUGAGAAAAAUGUGGUCACCUGGAAUGCGUUGAUUGCAGGUUAUUCUCAGAAUAACAAACCCAUGAAAGCAGUAAAGUUGUUCCAUGAAAUGAUUGAAGCAGGUAUGAUUCCAGUUGAGCACACUUUAGUGAGUGUGCUCUCUGCCUGUGGUCAAUUGAGUUUCUUGAAUCUGGGUCAAUGGAUACACAAAUAUUUCAUCAAUAGUAGAAGAAUAAACCUUACUGUUACUCUAGCAAAUGCAUUUAUAGAUAUGUAUGCCAAAUGUGGAUGCAUAGAUGCGGCUUCAGAAAUUUUCAAUGCAAUGGCAAAGAGAGACCUGGUUUCAUGGAAUUCCAUAAUUGCAGCAUAUGCCACCAAUGGUCGUGCCAAGGAAGCUUUGAACCUAUUUGAUCAAAUGAUAUAUUUGGGAUUCAAGCCGGAUGAUAUAACAUUUGUGAGUUUGCUAACGGCUUGCAGUCAUGGGGGAUUAGUUUCUGCAGGUCGUGAAUACUUUGAAUCCAUGGAAGGAAACUAUGGAAUAGGACCCAAAAGAGAGCAUUAUGCCUGCAUGAUUGAUUUGCUUGGUCGAACUGGGCUUCUCGAAGAAGCUUAUAACUUAAUAACAAAUAUGCCAAUGGAACCGUGUGAAGCUGCUUGGGGUGCCAUUCUAAAUGCUUGCAAAAUGCAUGGCAAUGUUGAACUGGCCAAAUUGUCUGCUGGUAAUGUUUUAAGCUUAGAUCCAAAAGACAGUGGAAUAUAUGUUUUAUGGGCAAGUAUUUGUGCGAAAGAAAGAAACUGGAGUGAUGUAAAGAUGGCGCGAAGUUUGAUGAGAGAAAAGGGUGUCAAGAAGAUUCCUGGCCGUAGUCUUGUAGAGACAGGGGAUGGGUUUGUAGAAUUUUUGGUGGCUGAUGAAUCGCACCCUCGAUCUGGAGAGAUCUAUAAAGUAUUAGAUGAAAUAUAUUUCUUAACAAAAUUGGAAGACUACAAAUGCGAAUGUGAUCCUCCAAUUGUGAGCUUGCAAUGCUGGGAUGAUUCUUAACACAUCUGAUGAUUUAGUUUUAAGCUAG